CCAGGGAUCCCAGUAGUGUGGCUCCUGCCGGAAAGGGCAGGCUGGGGAACUUGGGGAUUUGCUGUGAAGGGACGCAGAAGUCCAGGUGAAGGCAAACUGCCUGGACUGGUCACACCCCCUCCCCUUGUAACCCUGGUAGAGUCAAGAUGAGGCUUUCAUCAGUGAGGCCAGCAGCCUGAACAGAUAGCAUGGCCUGCCAAUGGAGGUGAACACCAUGGCUACAGGAGGUAGCCGGGCCUUUGCUUGGCAGGUGUUCCCAUCCAUGCCCACCUGCCGGGUGUAUGGCACAGUAGCAUACCAGGAUGGGCACCUACUAGUGUUGGGGGGCUGUGGCCGGGCUGGACUGCCCCUGGACACUGCAGAGACACUAGACAUGGCCUCACAUACAUGGCUAGCACUGGCACCCCUGCCCACUGCUCGGGCUGGAGCGGCUGCCGUGGUGCUGGGCAAGCAGGUGCUAGUGGUGGGAGGUGUGGAUGAGGGCCAGAGCCCAGUAGCUGCUGUGGAAGCCUUCCUGGCUGACGAGGGCCGCUGGGAGCGUCGGGCCACCCUCCCUCAGGCAGCCAUGGGCAUUGCAACUGUGGAGAGAGAUGGUAUGGUGUAUGCCCUGGGGGGAAUGGGCCCUGACACGGCCCCCCAGGCCCAGGUUCGGAUGUACGAGCCCCGCCGGGACUGCUGGUUUUCGCUCCCUUCUAUGCCCACGCCCUGCUAUGGAGCCUCCACUUUUCUGCAUGGGAGCAAGAUCUAUGUCCUGGGGGGCCGCCAGGGCAAGCUCCCAGUGACUGCUUUUGAGGCCUUUGAUCUGGAGGCCCGUACCUGGACCCGGCACCCAAGCCUGCCUAGCCGCCGGGCCUUUGCUGGCUGCGCCAUGGCCGAAGGCAGCGUCUUUAGCUUGGGUGGCCUGCAGCAGCCUGGGCCCCACAAUUUCUACUCCCGCCCACACUUUGUCAACACUGUGGAGAUGUUCAACCUGGAGCAUGGGUCCUGGACCAAGCUGCCCCGUGGCCUGCGCAUGAGGGACAAGAGGGCUGACUUUGUGGUUGGCUCCCUUGGGGGCCACAUCGUGGCUAUCGGGGGCCUUGGAAACCAGCCGUGCCCUCUGGGCUCUGUGGAGGGCUUCAGCCUUGCCCGGCGGCGCUGGGAGGCACUGCCUGCCAUGCCCACAGCCCGUUGCUCCUGUUCUAGUCUGCAGGUUGGGCCCCGGCUGUUUGUCAUCGGGGGUGUGGCACAGGGUCCCAGCCAAGCUGUUGAGGCUCUGUGUCUUCGUGAUGGAGUCUGAAUGCCUGAUGAGACCUUGUCCCCUGGAGUGCCAGAGGCAGAUGUCUGUGGCUCCUUGUGCUGCUAAGGGAACUCACUGUGGCUCUGUGGGAUGAGGGAGGCACAGGUAUGGGCACUUGAGACACCACCACGGGGACUUGGGCAGGGGCUUCACCUUUAGCAUAGGAUAUACAUACCUUACACCACCUCACCCCCAUUCAUUCAUGGAUCAUGCCUAGCUCCACCCUUGCUCUGGAACCUACUGGGCCCUCUGUCCAAUGGGAAAGUGGGGGGAGGGGAGAGCUGAUCUCAUGCCCUGCAAGGUCAGUGCCUACCUGGAGUUUACCAGGUCCACCCCAGUGACCAUUCCUGAAGAAUCCUAUCUGCCAGCCUGCCUUGGAGGCCCCUGUGGACCCAGGAGAAUUCAGAGAGGGUGGGGGUCACGGAAUGGAAGAGUGGGUGCAGGAACCUCCAAAGGGCCAAAGGAAUGUUGGCUUUGGGCACUCUACACGGCUGGCUAGUCAUCUCACCUCUCUGUGCCUCAGCAUCCUCAUCUGUCAGUGGGGAUCUCUGCAACCUUCCUGCCCUACCUACCUCACAGGGCUGUUGUGAGGACCCAGGGAGUUCAGAUGUGGAAGUAAAAAUGCUGCUAAAAUCUGG